AAUAUUUGUCGCAAAGUAAAAGUAUACUGUUGUUUCAUUUCAAUUUGGUGCAAAUAAAUUAUAUACUAAUUAUAGAUAAGGUGCACGGUAAUUUGGAAGGCAUGGCGGCGGAAACUGAAUCUGGCUGUCCGAUUUGCGGUGAUCGAAUAAACGCGACUCUCAGAUGCAGCGGAUGCAAGCAACAAGUUUAUUGCAGCAAAGAUCAUCAGCGACAAGAUUGGCCUAACCACAGGUCAGUUUGUCAGGCGUGGGAGAUUCAUGAAAGUCCUGAACUCGGACGACAUUUAUUGGCGUCAAGGGACUUAAGUCCCGGCGAUCUGAUCCUGUCGGAGUCACCUUUGGUUUGGGGUCCGUCGUUGCACACGGAUCAAAGAGUCUGCGUCGGUUGUGGCAAACGGUGCACGUCCGACUCUACAAGAUGUAAGACCUGCACUUGGCCUGCGUGCGAACAAGAUUGUCCAGGACUUCUUGAUAAGCAUAGACAUGGUUCGGAGUGUCCGUUGUUGGUACGGGCGAGGAUUGUCCCUAGAUGCGAUGUUUUGUUAGUUAUCCGUAUGUGGAUAUUGUGGUUGAAAAAGUCGAAACAAUGGGCGGCUCUAGAAAAAUUACAGAGCCACGAAGAUUCGCGCGGUCAGGGAACAAUCGCGUACGAGGAGGUGAUGAAUGUAAGUCAACAUUUAGAACGUAUUCUGUCACAGAAACCGGGAAGCAGGGAUGUCGUAGGAAAAAUUUGCGGCUUAAUCGAUGUAAACGCCCUGGAAACGAUGCCACCUGAGGGCUCGGUGGCGAUUUAUGAAACAGCGUGCCUGCUGGAGCACUCUUGUCUGGCGAACACAAAGCAUAACUUUAAAAUCGAUGAUAAGGGAAGGCCACGUAUCAUGGUGAAAGCUCUUUGUCCUAUCAAAAAAGGGCACCAUCUAAGCACAAUGUACACACACGCACUUUGGUCAACGUUAGCCCGCCGGGUUCACCUCCGGGACACAAAAUAUUUUUCGUGCUACUGUAAACGAUGUGCCGACCCAACCGAGCUGGGUACGCAUCUCGGCACUCUGAUAUGCCCACAGGACAACGGAUUCAUUUUACCCAAGGAUCCGCUGGACUUCGAGUCAGAGUGGAAGUGUCAAUUGUGUCCUGGAACUUUGACGGUCUCAGAAGUGGUGGAGUUCACUUGUAAAUUGGAAGACGACGUUGAAAACGUUAUGUGCAACGUGACAAAAGUCUCGCUGAGCGACCUUCUUUCUCGACUUACCACGUUAUUGCAUCCUAAUCAUCAGCUGUGCACCAGCGUCAGCCACUCGCUGAUUCAAUUGCAAGGCCGGAGUGAUCCAAGGAAAAUUGACCUGUGUAAACGGAUUAUAGGAAUUACCAAGAUAUUGGAUCCCUACGGCGUAAGGUUGCCGUUGUACACUGCGGUCACUUUGCGAGAGCUGUCGAAUUGCCCGGGUCAGGAUAGGGAAAGUCUGUCGUUACAGGCGAUUUCCUUGUUGCAAUCGGAACCGCCGAAUUCGCCUGGCGAAAAGCUCAGAAUACUAAUCGAAGCCGAAAUGUAAUAUCCAGCUGAAUUGAAAACACCUUUAUGACCGCGAGACGAUCAUCACAUACUUGGAAAUAUCUUUAUUACUUUAUUUUAUGUUACAUUUACGAUGGCUACUACUUACAUUAAAGUUAUUAUCAUUAUACGAUCUUACAAUUAUACAAUACAUUGUAUUACAUACACUUAAAAUAAACGUUUCUGUUUUAUAUGUAUAUGCGAUAUAAAAAUUACGCCGAUAUCGUAACUAUACAGUACAUAUACAAUGGUGUGUAGAAGUAUCGGGACGCAAUAUCAUUCGAUACAAUUGUCCGCGUACUUCGGAUUUCGGAGUUAUGGUACAAUAUGGUAUAUCCUUUUGUCAACAUGUUCCAAGAUGGACUUUUACACGAGACUUUUGUAAUUGCUUCCUUUUUUCAGGGAAUGACACUAGUGCAUUUAUCAGGCUUAUCGGAGAAAGAACAAAUUUAUUUCGAUGCGGACGAUAACUUACUGAAGUACUAUACAAUGUUGGUAUGAGGCAUUUUAAAUGAUAAUACAUUACAAGUAUGUACCAAAUUAGUGAACUGUCGGUUUUAUGAAUUUACGGCGGACACAUCUGUGCCAAAUGUAAUCACAUUGAACGACGAUGAAGGUUUCGCAACUUUAUUUUAAAUUACGAACAAAACGCUUGAUAAACAAUAUAAGUUUCUAAUUUGUUCGCGUUAUUUUUUAGCUACCUGUUGGAUUUUAUAUAUUAUUCUGUGAUUCUCGACUGCUGAGAUCUUUACACGGUGAAAGGGUUGACAGUUUUACGGAAAUAAGGAAUUCGUAGUUAAUUUAUGUUGCACAUUAAAGUUAAUGAUAUGAAGGUUUAAGAAAUGUCAUGAUGUAUUAUAUUUGGUAACUAAGUUCAGCAGUUGAGCCACAAGAAUCAUUGGGUCGAGAUUGAUUUGUUCAUAAAGAAAAUAAAGGGCCAUUGUGUAUGCUA